AUAGCCAAUAAGAGCUGACCUGAACAGGAUAAAGGUGCCCCCCACCCCCCAGCCCAGAGAGAUAAACAGUUUUUGGAGCUCAGAGUUUAUUCUGUUAGACAACAAGCAUUAAAGGGUUCCUGCCCACCGACUUUAUGCUCACUGAACAAACCAGAAAUCCCACAAAUAAGGUACGAGUCAUGUUCCUGAUGUAUAUGUUUCUGCUGUCUGCUCUUCCAAACGCGCUUCCCGCCGGCUCCAUCUUCUGUCCAGACCCGGAGGCAGAUCACAUGACUGAUUGUCUCGGGCUGCGCUUCACCUGGAUACACUCGGUCUUCGAUAACUUCCCCUCCAUGCUGAGCUUUGUGUCAAAGCUGCACUGUGCGACGGGGAUUUGCCCACGUGACCUGGAAGAUUAUGGCUGCUCCUGCAGAUAUGUGGCAGCUGGAAACCCUGUGGAUGCUCUGGAUGUGUGCUGCGAGGCUCACCGGCUGUGUUACCAGCACGCUGCCCCCUGCAGGCAGGAGCUGCCGCUUGCCCCGUACAACUUCAGCUGUGCAGCAGCUGCAAACACCAGCUGUGAUGCUGCUGAUUUGUGCCAGCAGAGGUUCUGUGAAUGUGACCGGGCCGCCAUCGACUGCAUGACUCAGAGCCCGUACAACUCAUCGCUGAGAGGCCUCGCCGACACGUCCUGCUCAGCUACAAAUCAAACAGUUUGGCAAAAUGGGACCAAAUCCAUGAUGCGUGCCGUGGAGGACGAGGAGGAGAGUGGAUCAAAAUCGCUGAUCAAUACAGAUCUGCUCGGCGGCGUCGAGGACACGGGCGAAGUCUUCAGAGCAGCAGAUGUUCUCCCAGCAGAAAACACCUCAGAAAGCUUUAAUUUCUCCAGCUCGUCCUUCCUGCCAGCAGCAGGGAUGGACCCACCAACAACAGGCAGGGUGGAUAACCAGAGUGACACCGAGGCGAUGGAGUACAACCUCAGCACUCCAGCGCCGCUGAUGCCUGCUGACGAGCUUGAGGAAGGCGCAGAGGUGGAAGAGGCAGAGAUGACACACCUGAGUUAUAUCUCUAAAGAUCUGAAUGAGAGCGCCGCAGAGGAAGCACUCGAGCAGGAAGAGAUAAAUGGGGAUCAGAUGACCCACAAUCCUCCAGCAAUCAGCCGGGAUUCAGGUUUGCGCGUUCAUGGCGAAGAGACGCCAACUGAAGCAGAAUCCGAGCUGACCUCUUCACUGAGCUCCGCCGCUGAAAACACACGGGUGAAUCAAACGGGAGCAUCAGCGUCGCUCGAUCACAUUUUACCAUCGACUCCUCCGAGAACUACAACUCCCAGAGAGCUGACAUCAGCAGCUGUGGAAGAAUCAGCCGAGACAGGUUUAAUCUUAGCCUCAAUAACAACCACCACGAGUCCCUCUGAGUCAUCUGAGGAGGAAGGAAAUGGGAAAGAGGAGGAGGACGAUGAAGAGGAGCAGGAGUCUGGUGAGCACUUCUUUGAUGUGCUCAAAACGACAACAAUGACAACGGCAACAACACCGUCAGCCCCAAGGAAAACUCCUCACACAGGCCCACAGAUCACAACCAGAGUCACAACACAGGCCUCAACCAGCAGCUCGCUCCCACAAACCAAACCAGCGAGAACCACCACCCCUCCCGACGAUUCAUCAGAGGAAGAUGCCACACCUCCUCUUCCUCUUCCUCCUGCUGCUGCUUUCAGUCUUCAGAGUCGAGGAGUCUGCUUGAGCCGGCUCAUCGGUGAUGUGUGCUGCUUCUUCCAUCAUUGCUGCCUGAAGCAGAUCAGCUCGAUGGGCUGCAGGCCGGAGAGGAAGCUCAACGCUCAGAUCUCCUGUGAGAACGCAAAACCACGAUGUCAGGGAGUCACCGUGUGCGACAAACUACAGUGCGUAUGCGACAAAACCACAGCAGAGUGCAUGGCGGCCGCACACUUUAACCACAGCCUGCCGGCGCCGCAGUGCCACGGGUCGACGCCCCCCUGCCGCCGAGCCAGCAGACCCCCCAAACCUCUGAGGGUCUCCCCCCAGUCCAGCGAGGAGUCGAACAUGGAGCUCCGCAGCCAUGACAGCUCCCACCUGAAGGACGCCGAGAAGUCGACUCCUUCUGCUGGAUCACCCGGAGACGUGACACAUCCUCCUCCUCUCGCUCCCCCUCCCCCUCCUGCUGCCUCCAGUGAGGAGAGCGGGGAGCGACCGACACUCAGCGGGGUUCAAACCCAGAACCUGAGGCCGAGUGCAGGGCAGGGCCAGGGGCAGCAACCGGGAGACAGAGAGGAGGAGGAGGAAGAACAAGAGGGUGGAGAAGAAGAGGAGGAGGGGGAAGAUGAGGAGGAAGAUGGAAAAGAAGAAGAGGAGGAAACAGAGAAAGAAGAGGAGGAAAAAUAGAAGCUACGUUCUCUGUGACAGUCGUGAUGUUGCUGUGUCACAAGCUGGACUCAACAUUUUCUGACAUCUUUGAUUCAAAAAUAAGAAAAUCAGUUUGUUUACGUUGAUUUUUUUAAACACAUGAAAUGAAUCUGUUGAAUAAAUGACGGCAAACACGCCUCUCUGGGAUCUUCCUCUGAUCGGUUCAGAGAGCCGACGGUAAUAAAGACACGACGACUCAGCAGCUUUGAUAGAAACACUUUAAUCUCAAUGCACAUUUUUCUAUUUCAAUAGAGGCUUUGUAAUGAAGCGCUGAGGCUCUGCUGCUGCCGAGCUUCACAGAAAUAAUGUGCACUGAACGCUUUAUGGUUUUGUUCAGUCGAUGAAUCAAAAUGGAAAAUAAAACAUGAA